AUGUUGCCCUGUCAACUGUGUGGUGGGUGGCUGGGGUUCCUGGGGAACGUGCAACGCUGCGUGCGAGAGAAGUGGAACAAGGACUCGAACAAGGCCAGUCACCACGGGACAGUCCUGUGGUGGAACAGCGUGUCCAACUACAAGGAGUAGUAAGGCAUGUUCAGGACCAUGUUGUGCUCGCAACUGUGUGUUGUCGUCGUGGACGGCUUGGAGCAAGUGUUCAUCAAGUAAGUUUUAUUUCUGGGAGUGGCAGACACUUCGCGAAAUAUUGGUGGUGGUGGUGAGGAUUAGGUUGUCAAUGUAUGACAAUGUGUUUUAGCUUGAAAUCCGCUUAGUUCAUUAAACUCUUUUGCCUUGCAUUUUAUGCAAUAUAUAUAUAGCUAAAUAUAUAGGCUACCAUUGCUUUCAGGGUUGAAAAAUAUUGUUACAGCUUUGUUAUACAAUUGACUUUAAUGUUUGUUAUUAAAAUUUUAUGUGUUGCGUAAUUUUUCGCUAAUUGUUCUAUACGCUUGAAAUAGAAAAUUUUUUUAAAAAUUUUAUGCGUUGCUUUAAUUAGUUCUGCACAUGAAAUAAAUGGAAAAUGGAACGUUGAUCGGUAAACAGGGAGUGGUUAUCUGUAAAAUUUUGAUAUACUCCUUUUUUAUCAAGAACUUGUACAAUAUAGAAUGUGCAUCAAAUUGAAUCACAUUGUACCAGUUGGAGGAUGUUGAACAACAAGUUGAAUUGUUCGUCUGACUUAAGGGAGGGGAUGAGUGGGGCAACUCCCUUUUGGUCGGUAAAAAAUCGGGGUGGCAAUCCUCCCCCCCCCCCCUUGAAUGACCAAGGAAAGCCAGUGAUCCAGAACACUUCCCAAAAUCCGGCCUAGCUAUCUGACACUUUUCCUUCGCCAGUAACGUUUUCUUUCAAUAAAGAAGCUUAUCUCUCAGAGUAUUUUCCAGGUAGUUGUGCGCAGAACAGUGGAAGACAGACGAGAUCAAGACGUGUUACAACGCAAGCUUCUUGUGGUGGCUCAUGUACUCAAUCAACAUCAGGCAGUCAAUCGUGUACGCCUAUUCCUAUCACAUGUCAAGUAAGUUGCGAUCUCGAACAUCAUAACCGAUAUCCAUAUCGAUUUAUUGGAUACCGGUAUAUCGGCCCUAAAUUCAAAAUGACUGUAUCGGGAUUUUUAUUGCCGAUAUAACCGAUAUUGUAGUAUAAUAAGUUAUAUUAGAUAAGAAAGAUAUAAAUAAAUAAGAAAUAUUUUAAAUUUACAAGAUAUUAUGGCUUUCAUUUAUUGCACCCUUCCAGAGAGUACUCAACCUUGGCUAUACAGCGGUUUUCGUGAUUGAGACAUCAGCUUCGGAGCACUUUAUCUUGCCACUGAUUACUUUUUAACUAUUUUUUUUUAUAUAUGUAUUUGAUUUUGCCCAAUAAUAUUUAUUUAUGAACAUGAAAAUAGUAAUAUUAAGGAAGAAGAGGGCUAGGAGUCUAUUUGAAACCAUUUGGCUUUUUUGCGUAGACCCCUACAAAUUAUAUGUAAUUUUUUUUUAAAAUUAAUUAAUUAAACCAGUUCAAAGUCAAUAUUAAAAUAGCAAACGUUUGCUAAUAUAUACAGUAUAUAAUAAUACUAUUACAAUUUGCUAUUCAUAGUAAUCAUAGAAAUAAGCAUGUUAUGAUUUGUUGGCUUUAUAGUUACCUUUAUAUUGAUCACAUGAUAAUACUGGAUAACUGGUGAAGUAUAUACACUGAUCCAGUCCGACGCAGGACGCAUCAUUUGGAAUUUGGAUGCGCAGUGUUGGGGCCAGUUGUUCAAAGCUGGAUUAGCGCUAAUCCUGUAUGGGUAAAAUUUAACUUGCUGGAGCCGGUUGUUAAAAACCGAUUAGCUUAACCCUGGGUUAACCUAAAAUUCAAAGCAAACUUCCCGAUAGCUUGUUUCUAAAUUUGAAACCUUUUCUUCAGAAAUCUUGUCUGGAUCAAAUGGAAUUUUCUUCUCUAAAGUUUUGAAACAAAUAGAUGUGCAGAAAUACAGAAACUAAAACAGCAGGUUAAAUUUUAACCCAGGGUUAGCGCUGAUCCAGCUUUCAACAACCAGCCCCUGCCCGUCCGUUGUUUCAAAACGUCAGAAAAGAAAACUUCUUGGUAUACACAAGAUUUCUGAAGAAAUAUUUGCAAAUUUAUAUACAAGCUGUUGGGAAGUUCGCUUUGAAUUGCAGGUUAACCAAGGGUUACGCUAGCCGGCUUUGAACAAUCGGCCCCUGAUUCAUUUGCUUUUUCUAGACGAGUUCUUGGAGCCAAUGGCAAGCGUGUGUCGCCACGAAUGGCAAAUGUGGCGCAGGUACAGAGACGCGCACGCGAAGAAUAACACGUCAAAACUAUUGCAGUCCAGCAUGCCCAGUCACAUCACAACGUCGUAGUUGUAUCCACAGUUGUUGUCCUGUUGAUUGCCAACUGAACAGUUGGAGCACGUGGUCUACUUGCUCUUCAACAUGUGGACGGGGUAUGGUAACAUUGUUUGAGUGAUUUAUUGCUUUAUAACAUGUUUAGGGGGAAGGGCACUUUGCCCCGGGGUCCCAGGUCAAAAGCGGCCCCCCAAAACAAGAUAGCUUAAAUUAAACGAGAAUAUAAGUCCUGGCUACGUCAGUGGCGGAUAAUAUGCAAUAAAGUGUAAUAUAUUGUAAAACAUCGUUGCUCCCGUUUUACAACUCUGACGUCAUAGUCCCCCCCCCCCCUGGGAAGAUUUGGCCCCGCGCAACCUAUAGGCGGACUCAUGGAUGAGCAUUUAUCACUAUGUUGAGAAACAUGAUUGUUCAGCACCAUCGUAACCGACAAAACCAGGAUCACCAAUAGACCCAUUGCACUGAGGUCACAAAUCCUAAGAGUGUCCUCCAGAUGCUCCCUAACAAUAUCUGUUCGGGUACAACAACCACAGAGAGCUCAAAAAUUAACCAUUUUAAGACAAAAUUAUUAUAAAGUUUUACAAAAUUUGCUUUGUUUACAGAAGUUAUAUUAUGCAUAGAUUGCUAAUUUGUCCUCCAGAUGCAUCGUCACCGGCGCUGUGACGUCAUGUGCAAUGGGUCUAUAGAAUAGAAGGGUGUCCUGAAGAAAUGCAAUGGUAUAUUAUUCCCCUGGUACAUUACUUUCUUCCUGUAGUAACCGUGCUAGUCUAACCAUAGUCUAAUCCAGCAUGUAGUAUUUGCCAUCUAUCUUUUAUAAUGUAAUCGCCGUUAAAGUUAUUAUAAUAGUAAUACAGUUCAUAUUCUUGGACAUAAAUAUGUUUUUGGCCCUCCUCAGAACUCAUUCCUCGCAACGCUCGAGCUAAAAUGAGUCGGGCUAAAAACAUAUUUAUACCUCGAACAUCAACUCUACUGUUAUAUUUUAUCCUUUAGGUAACUCGGAUCGCACACGUACACGACGGCAACUUCCAAGCUGUGGUGGUCGGGCCUGUGGCAAGCUAAGCCAAAGAAAAGUAUGUACACAAUACAUCAACCGAGACUGUCAAAUGGGAGCAUGGAGUUCAUGGUCUGUUUGUGACAAUGGCUGUGGCCAAGGGCGACAACGAAAAACUCGUAACAUUACGCGACAACCUGUCUGUCGUGGAACGCAAUGUGGAGCCGUUGAGGCAUUUAAAGGGUGCACAGAUUACAGGAAUAACAGAGACUGUCAGGUAAGUCAAGGGCUGCGGUAAAUGUCAGUGCAUAUGUCUUUCAUCUCUGUAGUUUGGGUUUCAUUUCUUCAAUAUAUAGUCAUCUGAAUAAAAUUUCGCCUUGUGAGAAGAGUGUUUCUGACUCUACCAAGCGCACAGUACGUUUUUCCCACAUACUCUGAUUAUCUCCCUUUAUAGUAACAUAUUUGACCAGGGGUAUUGGUAGAGUCUGUCAUUAAGGUUAUUUCUACAUAUGCCUUUCGCCAUUCACCUCCUAGCCUUAGAUCAAUAAGGGAUCAUUGAACUGUUUGUACCUCUGCAAAGAAUAGUUUAGAACUGCUGAAGCUAUCCAGUAUAAAAAGAUUUAUAUUAUUCUGAUACUGCAGAACACAACGGAAAAUUCGUUGUCUCGAACGGAAUUCGAACUUGCAUCUUCGGGUACCUAAACUGCAAAUUGUAAUUGGCAUCAAAGUUGUCAAUUCAAAAAGACUCCAAAAAGUCUAAAAUAGUACUGCUCGGAUUAUCAUGAAUAUGAGCAAUGGCACAGAUCAUUCUGUUGCUUUGCCACUUAAAACAGAAAGGAAGAAAAGUAAAGCAGAAAUCAUGUGCAAAUUAUUUUAAUAAAUUGGGUCCCAAAUCACUCACUAAUCUUUUCACGUGUGAAGGUAAGAUGACAAACUAGAAACUUUGGAACAUUUCAAGUAGACUUUGUUUACCGAAACCACGUACUAAAAAUAUUAAGAAGUUUUAUGUAUGACGGAGCAUACAGUUUCUUUGUACAUGCCCCUCGCGGAAAUCAGCUUCGGUUGACGGGGUCAGAGUGUUUAGAUACUAUCCCAGUGAGACCUCUAUAUAGGUUUUUUAUUGAGUUUUAUAUUAUUCCAAAAUUCCUGACCCAUGGGCCAUGUCCCACGACAUUAAUUAUUGCGAUCCUAAUUAUUUCAGGUUGGUCAGUGGUCAUCGUGGGGUAACUGUGAUCAAACAUGUACAGUUGGGAACAAAAUAAGGACCAGAGUGAUCACGCGAAACCAACAGUGUCGAGGAAGAACGUGUCCUGCGCUCAAAGUAUGACUAGAAUAAAGGAAUACCGAAUGGUUUUCCGUGCAGGAUUGCGUGAUCCAUGCACGAGGAAUGUCACGAGACUUUCGGGAAAGCGUAAAAAUACUCGAGCCGCAGGCGAGUGUAAUUUUACGCUUUCCGAAAGUCGAGCAACAUCCCAAGUGCAUGGAUCACGCUAUCCUGCUUGGAAAACCAUUUGGCAAUUGUUUUAUAAAAUAACUACAGUGAAACAAUGACAUUUUGCGAGUCCCGCGAAAGCAUUUUAAUUCCUCGUGCAGGAUAGCCUGAUCCUGCACGGCUAUUGACCAAUCAAAUUGCGUGUUUCACUGUAGUUAUUAUAUAACGAUGUUUUCUUAACGGAUGUGUUCAUUAGUCUGAAUAUGAUUUAGAUUAAAUAAAAAAAAUGCUAUUUUAAUUGUGUUUUGUUAAUGAAAACACGAUUUUAAAACACUCAAUUGUCCAAUUUUAUUUUGUUCGCUAGGAGUCUGCGCAGUGUGGGUCACCAAACAAUGGUUGUCAACAUAAAUGUACAAAUGGUACUUGUUCCUGUAAUGCUGGAUAUGAUCUGUCUGGAAGCAAGCAAUGCAUUGCGAAGGAUUGUGGGAAGCUUACGUUGACUUACUGCGCUUCAGGUGUGUGAAUUGAGAAGGGUGUGAUAUUAUUUAGAAGAGCAUAACAGGGAUUGAAGUUUUAAUUAUUUUUUAUUCGCCCAAGGUGGCCAAUAAAUUUGACAAUUGUAAUUAAUUUCUACCAAGUCGCUCUAAAUCAUAAAAUGAAGUAUUCUCUUUGUAUAUAGAUAACAUAAAAAAAAACAGUUGUCGCGAAUUAUAUGCAAAUCUAAAAUAAAAUCCAUAGUUACUGAGAUAUUUUAGGCGUUUAGAAUUACUUUAUUACUUUUAAGUUUUUUCUCAGUCGCCACGAGGACUACCUUUUGCAAAUAUCUGGUCGCCAGAUGAAAAAUUUGGUCGCAACUGAUGACCGCCAGCGGCGCUUAUUUCAACCCAUGUGGUAUGCCAUAUUAUACCAUACUACUCCAAUAUGGUGAGGAAUUAACGCCAGUUCGCUGUGCAAAAGAUCUUGGAAUAAUAAUGGACGAAUGUCUUUCCUUUACCGAUCAUACCCAGAAUCUUACAUCUAAACUUAUGGGAUCAUUGUGUCAGAUCAGCCGAGUUCAACACUUAUUCGAUAAGAAAACGCUGAUAUCUAUAAUCAAUUCUCUUGUGUUUAGUAAAUUAUAUUAUUGCUCGACUGUUUGGGCAGGUACUUUUAAAGAGAAUGUAAGAAAAUUACAACCGGUUCAAAAUUUUGCUGCUAGAAUAGUUUCUGGCAAGAGGAAAUUUGACCAUAUUCAUCCACAAUUAAAGACCUUGGAUGGUUAUCAGUCCAGGACAUGUUAGCUUAUCGAGAUGCUCAAAUGGUAUAUAAAAUCGGUACUGUACCGUUGUAUUUAAAAAAUUUUGUAAAGAGACGUUCUGACGUACACAAUCGUAGCACUCGUAAUAGCCACAAUCUUGAUAUCCCAAAAUGUAGAACAAGCUUUGCCCAGCGAUCAUUUGGAUACAGAGCUAUUAAAUUGUGGAACAGUUUACCGAACAAUGUUAGAGAGAGUACUUCAUUGAACACUUUUAAACAGUCAUUAAAGACCUGGCUCCUUAAUGCCUAAUUUUUACAACUAAUACAUAACUUUUUAAAUUUUGUAUCUAGACACGUAUUAUUCUUUCAAUUUUAUAUCUAUACUAAAUAUUGUAAUUUAUAAACUCAUUACUUGUAAAUUGUCACAAUUGGCCAAUUCAAAUCAUACUUGUUGAAAUAUUAUCACGAAAUGACUGAACUUAUAUAUGACAUUAAUGUACCACAAUCGUUUAAAACUGUCUGUGUUAAAUGUCACUCAUGUCGUCUUUUGUCGAGCCUUGUAGAUAAAAUGUAUUGUAAUUGAUGUAAAUGUUUAGUUUAAGGGAUCCUGUGAAUGGGGCAAUAAGCCCUGUAGGUCACCAGUCAUUUAUGACAAAGCUAGUAAAUAAAAUAAACGGCUAUAUAACAAAUACAUGUAACAAUCAGCCAAUUCUCAAGGACAGUCACGAGACAGUGUCCAUGUGCCCGACGGCAUGGCAUGUCUAUUUUAAUACCCUACUACACCAUUUUUUACCAUAAAAAUUCACGUCUUAUCAUAACAUAAUUUACCAUACCAUGAAACACAUGCUACAAUAUCAUAAUAUAACAUUCCCUACCAUACCAUACCAUACCAUACCAUACCAUACCAUACCAGGUCAUACCAUACCAUACCAUACCAGGUCAUACCAUACAAUAAUAUCUUAUCAUCUUAUAUAUUAAUUUCUAGGCACCCAGCUCGGAACAACAUGCAAACAUGCUAAUGUAUCCUGUCCCAACAAUCAAACGAGGUAUCCAGUUGCGUGUCCAAUACUCUGCCCCAGUACUUACGCUCUAAAGGGCGUCAACAGUGUCACGUGUACAACGUAUGGCACGUGGACGUCUACAGCGGCAACAUACUGUCGAAGGAUCAACGACCCACCAACUCAGGUAUAGUGGUUACUGUCCUUAUACCAGGGCUGGGGAAAAUAGUUUUCUUCCCGGGAGCACUACCUGGACGCAAAAUUUUCCUUCUGACCAACUGAGUAUUUUUGUGCUAAUUCUGUACAUUAAUAUAGUGUCCUAGUUGAAGAGUUUUAAAUUCAAAGAAAUAUGUUUGUCAAUCUAUAUUAUUUCGCAUUACUUAUAUACAAUAUUCGUUUUGGUUGGCUGCUGUCCUACAAGUAUUUCUUGACACCGCGUAGUUACAGUAUGAUAGCGGCCGACGUCAUAGAACUAUUUCCUUCAAAUUUUCAAUUUGCAAAUCGUCAAUCCAACACAUUUCCUGCAGUUGUUUAACAUUCCUAAAGCAUAUUGUGAAAAGUAUAAUUAUGGAGAAAGAUUGAAUUAAUUUUUCUUCUAAAACUUUCACCUUUUUCCAUAAUAUUUGAUUUAAAUUAUUAAUAAAAUUCAAGGAUUAUACAAAGGUAUAAAAUUUCGGCUUUUAUUAUGUUUUUGCUGUUUUACAGACGGGAUUAAAGGAUUGAUACAACCACUUUUCGAAUGUUCCACUAAUAGCCCAAAAACUUAUGGUUUUGUGUUGUUUUUUUUUAUAGAUUCUUCUGUCAGGUUCACACAGUAUUCCAGAGAACAAACCUCGCAAUACACGUAUCGGAGUGCUGACAUCGGUGGACCCGAACCCCCGGGAUUCACACAAGUAUACCUUGAUAUCCGGGGGAGAGGGAAAGUUUGCCAUCAUAGGGGAUAAAUUACACGCUACUGUUGCUCUGAACUACGAGACAAUGAACAAACGGUGAGAGAAAGUGAAUUAUGUAUUUCUUCUAGAUUUAUAGAAAACCCUAUUGUCCCGAAAUCGGUAAAGGAGUUUUCUCUUUACUACCAAUACAAUUACGUUAUGUAGAUACGCUUUAACAAUCCGAAGCACAGAUAAUGGUAAUCCCCCCUUGUUUAUGGAUAAAGUGAUCACAGUCACCUUAACUGAUGUAAAUGAAAGACCAACAUCUAUUCAGGUAAGAUGUCAUAAUGACUUUAACUGCAAGGCGAGUUCUUUUCGAUCUGUCAAUUGCCAGUUUUCAACCAUUGACCUUGUCUCCAUUUCGUUGUGAUGGCCACGCCCAGGAAAAUUUCGAUAGUGGCCAUUUUGACUACUAGGACCAGCAUCCCUCGCGGGCAUCAAGACUUGUGACGUCAUUAUGCAUAAGGUCUAUUAUUUUAAUUUUUGUUAUCUCAAUUUCUUGCAAGGUGCAAAAAAAUUUCCUUCAAAGAUAGUUUGUUAAAACUUUCCUGGCAGCGGUGCUGCUGGUGCUGCCAUCCGUUUUGUUGCCAAGGCGUGGCCAUAAUUAGCCAUUCCGAAGUUGAUGAGUGGACUGGGGACGAGUGUUAAAAAGUGCCCAAAUUAAGAAAUGAACCAAAUCACUAAAAAGACCACCUCAAAAUUAGUAAGUACACAGAGUUUGAAGACGUUUACAUGAAUACCCUUCGAAUAAUAAGCUUUCGAAAAUCGUGAUAUUUACUAUGAAAUGUAUUGUAAUCUUUGUUUUUGGGGACGCGCGUCCCAAAAGCAACCUUUUAAUUAGCAAUUUCACAAUUUUCGAAAACUUGUUACUUGAAAGGUAUUCAUGUAAACGUCUUCAAACUUUGUAUACUUACUAAUUUUGAGGUGGUCUUUUUAGUGAUUUGGUCAUUUCUUAAUAUGGGCACUUUUUAACACUCGUCCCCAGUCCACUCAUCAACUUCGGAAUGGCUAAUACGUGGCCCUCACAAAUUCUGAAAUAUUUUGAUAGGCUACUGAAUGAGUAGUUUGCAGAAACCUGUAACUUAUACGUACUUCAGUUUAAAGUGCAUAUGACAUGAAAUUUCUUAUUUUCUUAAAUGAAAGAACUCUUUAAGCUGUAGCGUAACUUAUUUUUCAGUUUCUUGUUUUUAUGGUUUGUUUCCGAGAUAUUUCAAUUUGUUUGAUACGUAAAUGAGUGUGAAUAUGUCCGCUAAUUUAUGAAGUCACUUUCGUUGCAAGCUCUUCAAAAUGGUUGAAUAUGACUGCUAUCAUCCAAGAUGAUAAUUUCAAACUUCACUCACUGGUAAAUGUGAUGAAAUACUGGAGAAAAACGUGAACUGAUAUCUACAUUUUUUAGAGUUAUUAGAUUCAUAACUAGUGUAAGUUAAGACUUAUACCCUGGUCUGAGAUUUUUUCCAAGUAUCUAUAAGCCUAUUUUCCACUUCAAUCGUAAUGUACCGUAGCAUUUUCUUUUGUGUCGGAGUCAUUAGUUCUACUCUAGUGCUCGGGAAACAAAGAAAUACACUACGAUACGGUUCAAGUGGAAAACUGGCUACAGCUUAUAACAAAAGCAACAAUUGGGAUACAGUUUUGCAACUAUCACGUAUAAAUGUUAUGUAUAGGUUGUUAUAUUUAAGACCUUUUACUUCAUAUUUCAGUUGUCAAACCGUCAGAUAGCGGAGAAUGCAGACAUUGACACGGUAGUGGGUGUGUUAUCUACCACUGACCAAGACACUAGCCAAUCACAUACCUACACCUUAACUGACACGGCGUCUGGACGCUUUAAAAUUGAUGGAAGAACACUUAAGGUGAGCAUUUAAAAUUUAGUUAUCAUUUGGACUAAAGCUAACAUUAUUUAUACGGCUGUACGGUAGAUCGUCUUCUCAUGACAUUAAAAAGUUUUGAAAUGAAAGCUAUAGAGCAGACUGUUCUAUUUGUUCCGUAUACAGUCCAGCCUUCCCAAGAGUGUAAGCCUUAUAUGGCUUAACUAUAUAGCAUUUGAUUUUUGGCCGCCAUAUUGGUGUACAAAUUCGACAAUUCUGUAGAAAAGGGGCUGCCAAAAAGCCACGUCAAUGUGACCGAUGUAAUAGAGUGUAUACAUAUCUCUAAGGUCAAGUAAAACUGAUUUACAUAAAACACACAAAAGACAAGAUUGAUCCAGACUAUUUCACAUCAUCGAAAUGACUUGGUCACGACGGAAACCAGGUUUAACUGAAGGCGAAAUAUAGACUUAAAAUUUCUGUUAGCACUCGUUGUAGCGAUCUAGAAUUUAGCCAAUGUUGUAGCUUUAAUAAUUAAGAUUUUAGAAUUUUCCACAUUGAGUGAAACGAGAGCCCCCAAGAGGGAACGGCUGGGACCGAGCCUAGUGAAACGUGUACUAACACAGUAUAUAAUGUACCAUGAUUAUAACCAAGACAUAAGAAUCUCGCGUUUUGUCAACAAAAUGUGUUCACAACAGGCUUGUAGCAAGCUUGUCAAACAAGUUGUAACAAUGUUGUCAUUUUAUCAUUUUCAUUCACAAUUUGUUAACAAGUUGACCAACAUUCAGAACAUGUUUUAAAUCAUACUUGAUUCGGUCAACUGGAAAGAAACAAAGGCGAAAUUGAAAUCAACUCACAUUUGUUCCACAUUUCUUACAAAUAUGACUACUCUUGUGCUCUUAGAGUAUUAUCUUAAUAUUUACAGUAGUAGUAAAUACUUAAUUAUGUUUAGGUGGCUAUUAGCAAUAGUGACUGUCUUCAAAACGGCGGAGAUUUUUGCAAAUUCAACUACGAGAAACAACGAAGCCACCAGAUUACAGUCCGAAGUACAGACAACGGAAAUCCUGCUUUAUCCAUAAAUGUCACUCUCACAAUCACCCUUGCCGACGCGAACGAUCAACCUCGAGGACUUCGUAUGAGUGGAAACACGGUCAAGGAAAAUGCAACCAAAGGGGAAAUAAUUUGCAAAUUUUCAGCCCAAGAUGAAGAUAGGAGACAGAGUUUGUCUUAUUACUUAUCGGAUAGUGAUCAAGGUAGAUUUGCAGUUAGUUUGGACGGAUAUUUGACGAAGGUUUUGGAAACUGAUUAUGAGAUAAACACGACUCAUACAAUAACUGCUGUGGUGAAAGAUAAUGGCAGACCGAUGAAAAAGGUUGGUAUUCUUUGUAGGGAGGGCAGGGUAUGACAUAGCCUGCGAACAGGCUCUCAAGCUGAAUUGAGAGACUGCAUCGAUGAUUAAUGAAUUUGAAUAUCUGCCCCGUAACGUUCGUUUUCCCAAAUAUGGAAUGUCUAUCCUUAUAUGGUGUUGUUUACAACUUUCGUGCAAACUAAAUUUAGACCGUGCAAACUAAAUUUAGACCGUACAGUUUAUACUGUUUUUCGAAAUAUAAGAUAUUCAAGAAAAGUUCAAAUGUUUUAAAAACUGUUUUCUCAAAACAGAACUGAUUUCGUGCUUUGAGAUAAGAUGUCCAAGACCAAUUUGAUCAGUUAAUGUGUUUUUUAUGCAUAGUGCUUCAGUAGUUGACGUAUAUAGAGCUCAGCGGAAACAUAUAAACUAUAGCAUCUGACCAAUGAGAAUUUCGCGUCACGAUUUGAGACGCAGAUAUUCAAAUUCAUUAGUCAUCGAUGCAGGAUCUCAAUUCAGCUUGUGAGCCUGUUCGCAGGCUAGGUAUGACAUUUAACGUACUUACGUUCCGGAGGUACGCCAGUAUUACGGUCUGGUACAUCAGCCCACAGGCGGCCCAAUCUCGCAAGGGUCAGUAUAGACUUAUAGUAUAAAUGUAUAUUAUAGUAAUGUAUAGUAUAGUAAAAAUAUGUCAUAAAAUAUAAAUUUUAAAAUGAAAUUGACUUGCCUAUUUGAUAGUGUGUGUUCUCCUUGUAUUCCUCCUUUGUUGGACUAAUAUUUUCCGAGACUUUGUACUCGAUGUUACUAGUAUACAUGAAACAUGAUAAAGGCUAACGAUUCCCACGGCACUUCGAAUCGAAAAUUCUCACACUCAAAUCGCUUUAUUCUCCAAAACAAUUCGCCAGCAUGUACAACAAAUGCCGUUCUUCGAAAAUACGGAGGUACUUCGGCGAGAUGUGCAAGUUUUGGACCAUAUUUUAACAAUGGAAAUCAAAACCCAUUUUAUAUUGAACUUACCCGGACCGAAAAUUACUACGGCGAACGUCUGCGCAACCAGGCCUCCUUUACCGUUGGAUUUACAGGGGGGGAAGCAGAUAUUUCCGGUAACAGCCAGCCAAUCGCAACCGUGAUAGCGACUGUUUACAUUAUUUGAAAUUUGAUAUUCAAAAUAAAAACUCCUUCGAUCGGAUACUGUAUAAAACUCGAGAUGUUGUCGAAGAAAAGAAAACUAAACGACGGAGAUUGUAGGAAUUUAAGGAAGAAGAAAUAUACAGCGGCUCUUUGUUGGAAAGCAUGGUAGAAUAUGAUACUUUAAUUCGAAAUAUGAUCGUUAAUAUAUUAGUGGCAACCUCCCCCCUGUAAAUCCAAUGGUAAAGGAGGCCUGGUUGCGCAGACGUUCGCCGUAGUAAUUUUCGGCCUGGGCAAGUUCAAUAUAAAAUGGGUUUUGAUUUCCAUUGUUAAAAUAUGGUCCAAAACUUGUACAUCUCGCCGAAGUACCUCCGUAUUUUCGAAGAACCGCAUUUGUUGUACAUGCUGGCGAAUUGUUUUGGAGAAUAAAGCGAUUUGAGUGUGAGAAUUUUCGAUUCGAAGUGCCGUGCGGUCGUAUCGACGAUUGGGUAUCGUUAGCCUUUAUCAUGUUUCAUGUAUACUAGUAACAUCGAGUACAAAGUCUCGGAAAAUAUUAGUCCAACAAAGGAGGAAUACAAGGAGAACACACACUAUCAAAUAGGCAAGUCAAUUUCAUUUUAAAAUUUAUAUUUUAUGACAUAUUUUUACUAUAAUAUACAUUAAUAUAAUAUACAUUUAUACUAUAAGUCUAUACUGACCCUUGCGAGAUUGGGCCGCCUGUGAUCAGCCAAGUACCACGUAGGUACGUGGAACUCUUGCUAUCUGCUGGUACCACAUGAUCUUUCCAAGCCCAAGGUAUUCAAAACCGUAACUCAGUUGGUAUAUGUGUAAAGCCGGUUACAGACAAGCAAGUUUUGUAAGACAAGUUUUUAUGUGACAAGUUUUAUUUGCCAAGUGCACGUGUGUAUAUGCAACAAAUUUUCUAUGACAAAUUUUCAUAUGACAAGUUUUAUUUACUGGUGUGAACGUGUCAACAAGUUUACUUUGACAAUUUAUUAGUAGCCAGCAAUGUAAUAGUACAGCGGACAACGCGAACGCUGGCCAAUCACAUCUAAUGCUCAGAUUACUUUGACAAGUUUUCCAUACAGACGAACAAAGUUUGUACUUUCACAAUUUUUUCUAUGACAAGUGCACUUGUUCAAAGGCUGGCAUGCUAGCUUUUGAACAAGUGCACUUGUCAUAGAAAAAAUUGUCAAAGUACAAACUUUGUUCGUCUGUAUGGAAAACUUGAAUACCUUUCAGAAAGCUGUACUUUAUGUGCUUUAUUUUAAAGACUGUGUACACAUUGGUACGGUAUUAAUUUGAGGAGGGGUUCACCAGUUCUAUCCCCGUCAGAAAUACAAUAAGUACUGGUGGACACUUCGCGAAAUAUGGGGGGGGGGUGCGCAAAUUAGGUUGCUUAAGCAUUUUCACUGUCAAAAGUUUCCGGCUAUGACGUCAUUAGAUGAAUUGCAAGUUAGUUUUCCUUUUGUUUUUUUCUCCAAAUAUUCAUCUACUGACAUUGUACCCGGAAAGUUUGAGAGUGGAAAAGUUGAUCAAGAUGAGGUUCUUUACUGCAAGAAUCUGUUCUAUGUCUUAGAAUGACCCAAAUAUCACACAUACCAAAGUUCGUAUUCGGUAUUUGGGGUUAUAGUGGCACUUUAACGAAAUCAUUCUUUUCACCAAUUUCCCUUCACAGAUGGACAAAUCGUUUGUAAUCGAAGUAUUAAAUGUGAACGAGCCCCCGAUCAGUAUUCAUUUCACUGACAAAGAUGGUCAGCUGUCUUUCUCACAAGAUUAUGUGCACGUAAAUGAAAAUUCAACUGUUGGUACUGUGGUGGGAACGUUACAAGCUACAGAUGAUGAUAGUUCACAGAACCUCACUUUCAAGUUAGACAUCAAUCCUUUGCAGUCGUUCUCACUAACACCGGCAGUUUGUACCCACGGGGCAAAUACAGUAUGCACAACGAAAGUGAAAGUCACAGGUCAAUUAGACCACGAGGUUACACCAGUUUUAGAAAUCGCAGUUCGAGUGACCGAUCAACAUGGUUUGUUUAUAAUUCAAAAUUUUAACAUUACCGUUAAAGAUAACAACGAUCGACCGAGCAAUGUAACAAUUUCUGGCGGCGUGGAAGCUAGUGUUGCUGAGAACAGCCCGAGUGCGUUCAUUGGAGAACUGAUGACUAGCGACGAAGAUGGAAAUCAGAACCAUAAUUAUAAACUACUGCGCAACUCAAACAUCUUCGAAGUAAAACGACGCCGAUUUUUGUACGUUAAGGAUAGUCCGUUAGACUUUGAAAAGAAAAACAAAUAUGUUGUCACGGUAACGUCCACUGACGAUGGAUCACCUCCGAUGACGUCACCACCCCAAUCAUUGACUGUUCACGUGACAGACAUAAACGAAACUCCAGCUGGGAUAUCCCUAAGCAAUGCAUAUAUAGCAGAGAAUAGCGCUUCGGGAACAAUUUUUGGGAAUUUUACCGUCGAUGAUCCUGAUAAUUACGAUAAUUUUCCGGGAAGACAAUCUCAUAUUUGUCGCCUAACCAACUCGGCCCAGGGAAAAUUUCAAAUCGUUUUAAAAAGUGGACAAAAUUAUCUAACCCAAGCUGUCGACUCUUUAGACUACGAGCAAGCCGCUUCGCAUAAAAUUAGCGUGCUUUGUAGCGACCCUGGUGGAUUGAGUAAUGAAACAGACUUCGAUGUAUUUGUGACGGAUGUAAAUGAGGCGCCACUUAAGGUGGCUCUGUCUAAGACUCAAAUUUUGGAAAAUCUUAGACCAACGGUCGUAGCCGUCCUAACUACGCAAGACCCGGACAAUGCGAACAACCAAUCAAAACAGAGUUUCAAUUAUACGUUGAGGUCUGUUGGUUCCAGUCCAUUUGAAAUCAGUGGUAGUGUUUUGAGUACGACCAGGAGUCUUAAUUAUGAGAAUGCUAGGUCGUGGGCUGUUGUAGUGCGGGCUCAAGAUGAUGGGAAUCCUUCAUUGUAUCGUGAUGAAAGUUUUACGAUUGAUGUGUUGGACGGGAAUGAUAGACCUUUUGCAAUACAGGUGAGAAGUAGACCAAGCAAAUAAUGCUAGAUGGUUUUUUAUAGGUGGAAUAUAUACAGAGACCAGUCGUUGAGGGUUGCUCAGCAACUGAACGCUGUAGGGUUAGAACUAUUUUCCAUCCAGCAAACCGCCCUAUCGAUUUUUUAAAGUCUUUCUUUUUGGAUUAUUUUUUAUUAAUUCGGUUAGGGAUAGAGUUAGGGUUGCGGUUAGGGUUAGGGGUUAGAGUAGGGGUAGGGUUUGGUUCAGUUACGUAGCCAUUCAACAAUCAGCACCUCUUCCAUCUUCCGAAAAUGACUUCAGGUCAGUUUGCUGGAUGGAAAAUAGUGCUAACCCAGCGCUGUACUGAAAUGUCAGGGCCGCAGGCGCAGGUUCAAUUCCUGCCAGAGGGCCUUUAGUUGCAUUUUCCCAACUACUUCUUGUUACAGUAGGUCUAAGAAAUGUAGAAAAAUCACAAUUUCCAUCUACAAAACCCUUCAAUAAUUAAUUCUAUCGACUGAGAUGGCCAAAACCCUGAUAUAAACCAAAACAGCGGGCGAUAUUUUAACCCAGGGUUAAUCCAGUUUUGAACAACCGACCCCUAGUCUAUAGCAAACUUAACAACUGAAUGUGUUUUGUUUAUUCUAGCUCUCAAACGUUCAAGUAAAAGAAAACAGUGCGGCUGAUACUGUCGUUGGUAAUCUAGCAACGAGUGACGAAGACAUUGGCCAAAAUCAUACGUAUAAACUGAUCAGUAGUGCUGGUGGUCGCUUCAAGAUCGAUGGAAGUAUAGUUAAGGUAAUAAGAAAGAAAGUGGUUAAAGUUCGCAUUUGUGCGAACGAUUUGGUUGCUGCAAUAUCUAGUUCGCUUCUGACAUGCUGGAGAGUGCUUUCAGUUUGACCAUGAAUAGUUAAAAACUGGGGCAGGUUUUAUAAACUCUUAACUACUUUGUAACCUCUAUUUUGUGGUUAAACAGUAGUUAAGUCUAUACACUCGUUUUGCUAUCCAUGGUAUGACCCUACCAAACAGCGCAGGCUACUCAGGGUGGUAACGCUGGACUGAUAAGAGCUGCCUUACUGCAUUUCUUGGAAUAACAGUUUAGAACUGCAGGGUGUUAGCCAGAAAAAAGUUUUGUCCGUUAAACGUAAAUUGGGAAAGUUUGUUUUUGGGCCGAUCAAAGUCCUUGUGUAGGAAUAAAUAGUGUUUUUUUUCCAACGUGUUUCUCCUUAGAUGCAAACAACGGUAGCUUGGUUUUGUACAUUUCAUUUCCGGCGAAUGAACACUGAAAAAUGCACCCGAUGGCACUUCGUUUUCUAUAUUUCAUUUCCGGUGAAUGAACACGGAUGCACACCGAUUACACUUUGUUUUGUUCAUUUCAGUGAAUACACACCGAAUAUGAAUGACACACGAUACAUUUUGAGAAAAUAGUUAAUGGGGAAAAGUAAAUAAAGCGUUCUUUGAUAUAAUAAUAUAAAAUCAAACGCAAUGCACUUUCUCAUCAGAAGAAAAUGAAAAUCUUCCAGUAAACCCAGUUGGGAAAGCCCCUUAGCUACUUCAAUUGGGAAGAGUCUGUCAAACGGACAGUAUAUGGGCUAGCUAACACCCUGAACUGAUACAGCCAUCCUGGAUAAGUGUAGUUAGUUUAGCUUAGGUUUCUUCCUGUAAUAACAGUAAUGAUGGCCAGCCACCUCUAUGAUGAUGGUUAUCAAAAGCUAGUUUAAUAUAUAGUUUAGUAUGGUAUUACUGAUCGAAAGGGACCCUAUAUUAACACUCGUUUGUGUUUAUUUUCAAUAAAGGUCGCAAUAUCAAACACACUUUGCCUUCGGCGUGGAAGUACUUCAUGUCAACUAAACUUCGAGGCUCAGGCGAGUUAUAAUAUCACUAUCAGAACAACGGAUAAUGGCAAUCCCGCUAAAAUUUUUGACCAAACGUUCACCAUCUACCUUAACGACGACAACGACCGACCACGUGACCUCAGCUGCACCAAUGACGUGGUAGCCGAGAAUGCGACUUUAGGAACUGUCAUUGGUUCUUUCACAGCACGUGACGAGGACAGAAGACAAAAACUAAGCUUCUCAUUGGUUAAUGACGACGGAGGAAGGUUUGCUUUGAACGGUGAUCAGUUGGUCACAGCGACGUCGCUCGAUCAUGAGGCUGAUAAACGACAUUUUAUCACGGUAGCUGUUGUUGACAAUGGUUAUAAUGCAUUGAAGGUAAAUUUUUUAUGCAACAAAGUGUCCCACUACUUUGAUUAGAUUGUUAAAAAAAUCACAACGCUGAAAAACUUCAAGUUUAUUAAGUUUAAUUUCCAAUUCUCGUCUACGUCUCGUGUUUUACAUGCUUCUCUCGUAUUCUCCCAACAUUAUUAUUAUUAGUAGUAAUGAUCUUUAAACAUACUAUAAGAAGAGAAUAAACUUAUCACUAAUGAACUAAAUUAUACUUAUUUACAAUAUCUAAAUAUAAGAACAAUUAAGGUUUAUAAGCUGGUGUAGAUGUGAUCAUUUAAUAGAUUAUGGACCAUUUUUAAAUUCCCCACGUGCAUUAUCCAGCGAACUCGAUUUAUUUUACAUGAUAAAGGGAAAUAAAUUGAGUUCACUGGCAUUAACACACCAUAAGCGCACGCGACUUGUUUUCUAUUUCUUAAAACCAUGCUUGUAUAAACAUACCACAAACGUCAUAUGUCAUAUUUAUUACUUAGUUCAUUGCUAUUCCUUCUUUUACAGCUUGAACGAAAUUUUACCAUCGAAGUGCUGAAUAUCAACGAAGCUCCUAUUGCCGUUAACUUCACUGAUACCCAGGUCCCGGAAGUGUUUGAAAACACCACGACCGGAAACAUUGUGGGAACGCUUGUUGCCCUGGAUUCUGACGCUAAUCAAGAUCUCAAGUUUACACUGGACGAUGAUUCGGAAGGCGAAUUCUCGUUGCAGCUCUCGAAUUCGCGAUGCCAAUCCAUUGCAAACGACCAAAAUAAAACAAGGUGUACUACAAAACUGGUAUUGUCUAAGCCUCUAAAUUACGAGAUAAAUACAGUACGGUAUAUUACAGUUCGUGUGACAGACACCCAUGGUCUAUUUCACGUGCAGAAAUUUACUAUCAACGUUCUUGACUGCAACGAUGCGCCCACGGACAUCACAUUGGGUGGCGGUAUGUCAGCAGUUGUUCAUGAAAAUUCUGACGGCGCGUUUGUUGGGGAACUGGAAACGAGCGACGAAGAUAGCGCCCAAAACUGGACCUAUUAUCUGGUAAAUGAUUUUGGGCAAUUAUUUAAGGUUAUCGGUAAAAAUAUUUAUAUCGACGAAGCUUCACACUUAAACUACGAGAACAAGUCUGCGUAUAUUCUUAGUGUGAAGUCACGUGACAAUGGAGUGCCCGCUUACGAAGUCACACGGAACUUUACGAUCGUAGUCGCGGACGUCAACGAAGCGCCAACGAAGAUAACACUGUCCAGUAAAGAAAUAUAUGAAAACUCGUCUCCAGGAACAGUUAUAGCCAACCUCACGGUCGAUGAUCCAGAUAACCUGGUUAGGCCAAGACAAACCCAUUCUUGUGUUGUGGUUGCUCAGAAUAAGUUUAGGAUCUAUUCGGGAAGAUUAGUAAGCAGUGCGGCUCUCGAUUUUGAAAGGACACCGUUUCUUAAUGUUUCGAUAGAAUGUACUGAUUCGGGGACGCCGAGAUUGAAAUAUAAGGAAGAGUUUACUGUGAGUGUCAAAGACAGGAAUGAAGCACCAAGCGAUAUUAUUUUGUCAAGCCUGAGUGUUCUUGAGAAUCAAGACAGUGGAGUAAUCGGUAUGUUUAAAGUUUCUCAUGAAGUUAAUUAACGCAUUCUGCAGCCCAUGGGUGAUUCCAUGUACAGACUAAAUUUUGAUCAAGGCAAGAAGAACGAACUCCAACACUACAGCUAGAUCGAAAGAACGUCUUAGAAUGAGUAAAACUACAAAGAUUGGUUGCUAAAUGUUGUAAAAUGAAGAAAAUAUAGCCCUGUGAAGUUCGCAAAUUUUGCAUAUAUUUGUAUUACGCGCGAUAAAAAUAACCACUUUCGACUCAAAAAUUUUUUUCCCGCGCGUAAUGCAAAUAUAUACAAACUUUGCAAUUUUACUCAUUUUAAGAUGUUCUUUCCAGCUGUGGUAAUGCAUUUCGUUCUUUAUGUCCAGAUCAAAAUUUCGUCUAUAGCCUGGAAUCAUCCAUUUACGAUCUUGUCCGGUUUUCAGUCGUGUUUCAUUAGCGUAUUUUUUUUUUCGUUUGUGCUGAGAUUUGGCGAUAGUGGCUUUGGUUCAGAAAGCAGCCACCAAAUUUCUCUCCAUGUACCGUUAUCCUGCUUUUAUUUCAUUCUACGUUUGAAAUAAGUUUUAGUUUUAUAUUUCCAUUCCACCCAUGUGCGUACUGUAAUUAAAAUUUCUUGAGUGAAAUUAUUUCAAUUUUGGUGAGGUUAAAAGCUAGAAGGGGAAUUUCCAAUGGCCUCAGUUCAGGACAGUAUAAUUUUUCCAAUGCACCUCCUGGUCUCGUGUUAACAGGACUUGUUGAUCUAUUUUUCAUUUUGUCUGUGUUUAGCAACAAUCUCAACCAUCGAUCCUGACAACGAGUUCAAUAGCGCCCGGCAGAAUUUUUCAUAUCAGCUUGUUUCAGUCCCAAGCGGAGACUUCCCGUUCAAAAUUCAUCAAGGAGAUCGUUUGAACACCACACGAGCGCUGGACUAUGAAGCUGCCUCAUCGUGGAACAUUACCAUACAGUCUCGAGAUAAUGGAAAUCCUGCUAUGACUGUGGACCGCAGUUUUGUCAUUUCUGUACAAGGUCAGUAAAACAACCAGGCCUCGAUUUUAGCACCAGGCACUGGGUUGCAGUGUUUUUUUGUUUGUUGGCCUCUAUACUGAAUACAUGCUAGUAGUGGCGGCGGAAGGGGUUUGUAUGAUUUGGUGGUGACUAAAAUCUCCGGCAAAUUAGCAAGGGUGGGUUGACUACAAAAUUUUUGUAGUUCGCUAUAACUACAGCUACUUCAAAAAUAUGUAGUCAGCUACAACUACUGCUACUUUUGACUACAGCUACUGCUUAAAAAAUGUAGCGAACUAUUUCGCUAUUUCGCUACACGCUAUAUUUUUUAGGCUUACUGUAUUUGGAGGAAUUGGAGCAUCUAUAACUCAGGCUGUAAUGUAACCUAAUAACAAAUCGACUUACUACGAGUAGCAACAGUAAACACAAAGCAACAUUUUUGUAAGCACUACAGUGUUCGGGAGUGCAAAUUGACUAUUGAGGAUUGACUUUAUAAGCAAACCGUUGUCUCAAUAUUGAGCUAUUCUAUCAAGUUCUACAUUUAAAAAAGUAGCGAAUAGCGAUUCGCUGUUUGAAAAGUAGUCAACUACUUGGCUAUUUUUAGGCAAAAUGUAGUUCGCUAUAACUACAGCUACUGUUUUAAAAAAGUAGUCAGAAACUACUGGCUACUUGAAAAUUGUAGUUCGCUACAGUAGCGAACUACAACUACUUCGCUACUACCCACCCUUGCAAAUUAGCAUAGUCAAACUACUAGACUCUGUGACUCAGUUGGCAAAACGCAGACAAGAACUCUGUUAUAAAUUAUAUCAAUCGAUUGUCCAAGACGAAAAUAAUAAAUUAAACGAACUGUUACCAGAACCCAAAGAACACUCCUUUUAUAUUAGUGAAUAUAAAAGCGAUCACGUGACAAGAAAUAAACCAAUCAGAUGGAUUUGGUCAAAACAAAGUGUAAGUGUACUCAUGGAUAAUAAAAUAAAUGGAUAGGAAACUAGCUGACGUGACCUAAUGUUUUUACUGGAAUUGAUGGCGUGGUUGGAUGCCUCAACCUAGUUGAAAAUCAAAUUCUCAAAAACGGCAUGUUUAGCAAUAAUACAGCUAAACAUUUUAGUCAAAGAGCAAAUAAAUGUAACCACGCCAUUCUACGAUGAAAAUUCUAAGUAUUCCCAGUCAAUUUUAGCAAAUAUUUCAAGCACUAAACAGUGAAAAAUACAUCGCAAAUUUCGUUAAAAUUUGUGACGCCAAUUUCGUAGCUACAAAUGUAAAAAAAUACAAAACAAAGACGAAAAACAUUUACCUUGAAUACUUUGUCGUGGCUUAGGCAUGUUUUUAAAACAAUUAGACCAGUUUACGCUUCAAGAUCACCCUUUUAAAGUGGAAAAUAUAGCAAAACAACAAAUAUGCCGAGAACUUUGGUAACAUUCGCAAUACGCGUGACGUUUCCUAUCCAGUUAUUUUACAAUCCAUGGUGUACUAUACGUAAAAUUGACACCAGUUUCUUUAUUAUUCUAGAUCUAAACGAGAUUCCGUCAAAAAUCAGUCUUUCUCCAAACAACAUCAACGAAAAUCCUAAAGAAGGACAGUGGGUGGGCAAACUUAGUGCAACAGAUGAAGACCUUGGUCAAAUGCAUAGUUUCACAUUGCUAGACAGUGCUGCCGGUAGAUUUAAACUGGUUAACAACUCCGAAAUCAGAGUAGCUAUCUCGAACACGAACUGCCGAAUUCACGGUGGAAAAAGCUGCCAGUUCAAUUACGAAGGCAACAAUGUUUACACAAUACGUGUGCGCACUACGGACGAUGGGACGCCUCCAUUGCAACUGACCAUGGAUAUUAAUAUCACGCUUAAUGAUGUCAACGAUCAGCCACGUGAUCUCGCGCUGUCAAAGUACUGGGUACUAGAAAAUGCGGCUAUCAAUACUAGUGUGGGUUAUUUCACGGCAUCUGACGAAGAUAAAGGGCAGAGGCUGAAUUAUACUUUAGUUCAAGGCGGUCGUGGGCUGUUUGGAGUUGAGUCGAACGGUCGUUUGUUCGUGGCUAAGCCGAUAAAUCAUGAGGAGUCGAGCGUUGAACAUGUGACAGUGAAGGUCGCAGACAACGGAGUUCCUGUAGAUUGGGUAAGUAUUGUUUUUUAUUAUUUUAGCAAUUAAAUGAUACUACAUUAUAAUGCGAAUUACAGUUAAAAAUGAAAAAAAUAUAUAAAUCCUGUGCACUAGUCUAUUUACAAGAAUACUAAACUUUAUUAUAUUGUUCAAUUCCAUAGACAAUUGCACUAUUUUUAAAACGUGUCUGACAGUUAAAAUUAUAAAAACAUUUCUCCACUUAAUCUUGUUUCUUUACUCCUAAUUUCAUAAACUUUGGGUGGCAACAAAUUAUGCAGUUUAUGACCAGGGUGAUCAAUGACUUUAUAAGGUUAAUACACAUAUCUUCUCUACGGCUUUUUGGAGUUUUAGGAUUACAUUCCACCAAAGCCUCUCUUCAUAUGAUAACUCAGGAAGCAUUAUUCGAAGAGUUCGUAGCAGAGUCAAUGCCGAGUAAAGUAGCAGAGUAAAUGCUGAAGAAAGGGGGGAGGGGGACAGGGGUGCUUGGACUCUGUAGCUCAGUUGGUUCGAGCACUGCACCAGAAUCGCAGGGCCGCAGAUUGGAUUACUUCUAGAGGGCCUAUAUAGUUGCAUUUUUCGUAACUGUUCCUGGUUAGGUCUGAAACUUGUAUAUAAUCUUCCAUUUGAAUUUCUUUCAUCUACAAAAACCGUUCAAUUGUUUGUUUUGAACCUUCAGUCUUUGUAUUGAUUGACUAUUAUUUCUUUUUUCAGAUGGAAAAGCGGUUCACGAUCAUCAUUAAAAAUGUCCAGGAAGCUCCGUUAAAUACAACUUUAACUUCGGCUGGCGGUCAGCAAUCGUAUUCCGACGACCAUCCGACAAUUUACGAGAAUUCUGCCAUCGGAACAACAGUUGGAACUUUGGUUUCGCUCGAUGAAGAUGCUGGGCAACAUUUGAAAUUCACACUGGAUGAUGAUGCAGGUAGGAAUACUGUAUUAUCUACAUGUGAAUUCAAUGCUAAAGUAAAGCUAAAAUAUAGUAAAAAGGACUCACUUUAUAUAUACUAGAGAACCCUAUCAGCCCUAAACUGUUUUCGGAGUAAAUGACUAAGGACAUGAAUAGUAUAUGAAUCUUUGUGUGGAUGUUUACUGACAAAAUUCACCGACUUUCUUCCGCUCUGUGGAUCUGUUUCUUUUUUGGGGAAAUAGAUGCGUGGUUAUUCCUUCAGUUUGUUAACAAUUGGCGCAAUAACCUAAGUUUGGACCCAGAUUUCCUAAGUUUGUACCCCCUUAAUUCUUCUCCACGUUAAUUAAAUAAUUUCACUACAAGUUUAAUACUCCAUGAUAAAAUCGUGUUCAUCUUAUGACAUCACGAACAUCACCGAUCAAAGUGACAAAAUCAUAACUUUGGAAGGUCAAUUUGUUUCCGAUAAACAUGUCUGGAAGAAAGGUAUACUUUUUAUUUACGGUAAAAAAGUGAGUAUAUGAAGUUUCCGUUGCACUAUAGCAUUUUAAACUUUUACUUUUGCAUUUCAGGUGGCCGCUUUUCAAUCGAAGAUAACACAACAAUUUGCCAUAGCAGAACUUCAGAUCCUCAUGUCAAAACAAAUUGUUCCUGUAAACUUCUAGUUAGUGGAAGCCUAAAUUACGAACAUAUAUCAAGCCACGAAAUCAUUGUAGAAGUCUCCGAUGGUAACCAUUCUCGUGUCAAUAACUUUACGAUUACCCUAAUAGAUCAAAAUGAUCCACCGGAGAAUGUGACCAUACAGGGAUCUUUAUCCGGUCGGGUCAAAGAGAACGCGAACGAUGAACUGAUUGGGGAACUGGUAACUAGUGACGAAGAUGUGUCCCAGUCCCAUGCCUACGCUCUGAAAGGUAGUACGAGGUUCACCAUAAAAGGAAGCAAGCUGUACACGUCACUAGAGGCGAAUUUGAAUUACGAAAAGCAGCAAGAGUUUGAAAUUGUCGUGGUUUCUACAGAUAACGGUAGUCCGCCGCUCAGUGUAGAACAAAAUUUAACUGUUAUGGUAAGUUCUAAUGUAUGGAAUUACUGUAAGGAAUAUUCUAUUUUUACAGUAAUGUAAUUGAAUUCAUUGUCAAUAUGUGAUGUAAUAAAACCUGCAGAUGUAACUUUAAACAAGUUGAAAGUAACUUUUUAACUAGUUACAAAAAACUACUGUUGUUACAUUUUGCACGUGGUAACUUUUACCGGGAACUUGUUCCUUUUUGAGCAUGUAACUGUAUUUCGUAACUAGUUCAAAACUAAGUAUAACUUUUACAGCUCUGAAUCAUAGAUAUCUUAUAUACACUAGAUAGUGCAUCUAAUUAUUCUGCAAUUCAAAAAUUGAUGCCGUGAUUGCAGACUCAGGAUAUUCCCAUGAAAUGAGAAGACUCGUAUGUUUUCUAUUUCUUAAACAGGGAACUUAAACAUUAAGUUAAACCUAUUCCAAAUACAUUUUCAAACUAUUCAAAUGAUGAAAGUUAUUGUUGUUUUUUAAAGCGUUUAUUAGCGAGUGGGAAACUCCAACAUGGCCGCCAUCUAUUCAAAUGCGGGUAACCGCUGGAAUAUUCUUGGCUUCAAUUUUACUAAAAGAGAUGCGCUAUCUAGUGUAUAUAAGAUAUCUAUGUUCUGAGUGAAUGUAGAUGACACAGAGGUUAGCGCACGUGUCUUCCAUCUCUGCGACAUACAAUUGACCAUUUGCGUAAUAGACUAAAUUUUGAUCUCAACAAAAAUUUCAGCACAGCUUGAAAGAGCAUCACAAAAUCAGUAAUAUUCCAAAGUUUCGUUGCAAAAUGUUGUAAAAUGCGGAAAAUAUAGCCUUGCGAAAUUUGCAAUUUUCAGCCAUUUUAGAUUACAAACCGGAAAUUGACAGCCUCGAAGGGUUUGGGGCUGUCAAUUUCCCGUUUGUAAUCUAAAAUGACUGAAAAUUGCAAAUUUCGCAAGGCUAUAUUUUCCGCAUUUUACAACAUUUUGCAACGAAACUUUGGAAUAUUACUAAUUUUGUGAUGCUCCUUCAAGCCGUGCUGAAAUUUUUUGUCUAGAUUUGCGUAGCAAAUGGUCAAUUGUUUAAUCAUAAUUUCGCCUAAUUAUACUCCCGUUUCCUUCUGUAGUGAAGUCCUGAUCAAACGUCGAGAAUAACGCUUGUAUUCUGAAAGCUCACUCACACUCAAAGAGUGGAGGUUCAAUCUGAGCUUCUCUUGAGUGUCAUUGCUGCUUUUUGAUAGCUAGAGGGUUAGUAGUCACAUAGUAAGGUACGACACUAACCCUCCAGCUAUUCAAAAACAGCAUUGACACUCAAGAGAAGCUCAGAUUGAACAUUCACUCUUUGAGUGUGAGUGAGCUUUUAGAAUACCGGCGUAUGAGUCUCGGUAAAACGGUAGAACAAGAGUUGCAUGAGAAUUGCCUGGAUAUUACCGCGCGUAUCAAAAACUUUCAUCAACUCUCAUCAAAACUUGAACCAGCUCAAAGAUGAUGUGAGUUGAUGAGAGUCGAUGAGAGUUGGUUGGAGUGAGUAUUUCAACUCUCAUUGUCAUCCUCGUUUGAUCGGUGGUUAACACUGAGCCAGUAAGAGAUGGCUCUUACUAGACCACUAGGGGAAAAUGGUGGAGCUAUCCAGUCUAAAACUUCCUUGUGGUUCAGUAAAGAUAGGAAUUGGUGGAAGCACAGUUUUAAACUGUGGUGGAAGAGGUGCAUAUGGACUAAUUACUGUGCCAUCAGUGCUACUUCCUUUGAAAAGUUGCAUCUUUUCCUUGACUCCAACCCGUGGUGAUUCAGUUUCACUGCAGAUGGAAACCAGAGUAUCAAGAUAAAACCUUCAGUGUUUAGCGUGAUCAUACUGAGUUAAAAGCUCACACAACUGCGUUUUGGAGGGUUCGAACCUCCCCUCCCAUCAUACCCUCCACGAGACGAUCUUUUAGCAUACCCUUUAAGCCCUUGGCGUACCUUCAUAGUGAUAAAAUAUUUCCUUUCCUUUCAGGUCGAAGACGUAAACGAAUCACCCAAUAAUAUAACCCUCAGUGGUUUGUCUAUUCCUGAAAAUAGCCAGCCUGGAACGUUUGUCGCCAAUAUCUCCAUUGACGACCCCGAUAACCACGGACCGAAUGGCGUCUGGCAAACCCACAGCUGUCAGCUCGUUGACUCCGCGCAAGAUCGCUUCAAGAUCCCCAUAAGUAAGACCAACACACUGCAAGUGUCUACGGGAGACUUAAAUCACGAGUUCCUCAGCCGUCAUAGUAUUAUAAUCCAAUGCACUGAUUCGGGUUCAAAGCCGUUAGCUAUACAAAAAUCAUUCGAGAUUCAAGUUCUUGACGUCAACGAAAGGCCGGAGCGGAUUAUGUUGUCGAAUGCCGUGGUGCCUGAGAACGGGGGUCCGUUGUUCGUAGGGGAAUUAAGCACCAAAGACCCGGAUAAGGCGCAGUCGUUUAAUUAUUCCUUGGUCUCAGCGAGUGAGGAAAAUGUGUUCUAUAUUAGUGGUAACCAACUGAGGACGAACGCAAGUUUGGAUUAUGAGAAGAAAAGCUCGUGGGAUUUGAUGAUUAAAACCGUUGAUCAAGGAGGUAAGGAUAAUAGGUCGAUUUCCAUGUAUUUAAUGGCAAUGGCAACAAAAAAGAUGUCUGCCUUAUUUAAAAGAAUGCGGAGAUUAUUUCAGGGUGCAUGAAUAUUAUGGUAUGGCAAUAGAUGAUUCUAGCUAUAGGCUAAAUUUUGAUCUCGGCAAAGAAAAACAAAAUCCAUCAAAUCCACUUUCGGCCCAAAUGUGGUGCAUUUUUCCACGCGUAAUACAAAUUAAUACAAAGUUUGCAAAUUUCACAGGGCUAUAUUUUCCGCAUUUUACAACAUUUCGCGGCCAAACUUUUUAAUUUUAUUAAUUUUAACAUGCUCUUUCUAGCUGUGGUGAUGGAUUUUGUUCUUCUUGCCUAGAUCAACAUUUAGUCUAUAGCUGCAGGAAUCAUCCAUUCUUUGUUUUCUGCCCAGUACCAUGUGGGUACGCGGAACUAUCGCUAUCUGCGUACUUACUUUUUCCUGGUACCACAUGAUCUUUCUAAGCCCAAGGUAUUCAAAACCGUAACUCAGUUGGUAUAUGUGUCUGACAUGUCUUGGUAUGAAACGUGAUUGGACUGAUGGCACAAAAGAAUGUUGGAGUCGAGUUUUUGUAUAUGCAAUUGUGUUUCUUGUUCUAACUCGUAGCUUGAGUGCCCAGGGGCGCCGGAAAGUUGAUAAUUUGGGGGGGGGGGGGCAGAUAUUCAUAUAUUCAUGUUCACAGACUGUAAAAACAAUCGCUUUCAAAGGAAAUAAAUGAUGCAGAACAUGAAUAUAUGAAUAUCUGCCCCUCAAUUAUCGACUUUCCGGCGCCCCUAUGAGUGCCUUUCAGAAACCAGUACUUUAUGUAUUUUAUUUUAAAGACAAACUACACACUGAGUAUUGACUUUUUUUUCACACGUAUUGACUUUUUUAUUCGACUUUUUUGUGCAUUGAUUAAUGGCCGAAGAGGUUUUAAACACUCUUCACACAUUUUAAUAAAAUUGUUUGUUCAAACGAACAGUGCCAGCCGCCUUAAUAACGUUCAGUUGAUUCAGCAUCGCUUGAGUUUUGUGUUAUACUUGUUGACUCAUUUCAAUACAGCAAUGGUAUUCCACUAUUGUGGACUGCUGUCGUUUUGGAAGCUGGAUCGUACGCACAGGCCCUCACGUAAUCAGCUAAGAACGUUUUAUUUCUGUCGAUUUGCAGGUCUCAAUUUAACUCAGGACUUCAGAAUCACUGUCAGAGACACAAAUGAUCGACCGACUGAUAUAUUGACAAGCAUACCGCUGGUUGUGUCUGAGAACAGUAACCUGGGCUCAUCUGUUGCUGUAUUCACUGCAGUUGAUGAGGACACUGGUCAAACGCAUCGCUUUCUCAUAACCGAUAUUACUGCAGUUGGUUACGGCUCGAACAGGUAAUUCGCUUGAUUUAUAAAUCUCUUGUACAUAUAAUAAAACAUAUUCUAAACUCCCCCUGUAGUAAGAAUACUGUUAUAGUACGAAUACUGUUUGAACUGCCCUUCAAGAUUGGAUUGUACAACAUUUAUUGCUUAAUUUUUAUGAUCUUCGUUUCUCUAGCAUUCCUGGUUAUCAGACAGCAUUUGAGUUGGAGCCCACAUCCGGGAGAUUAAUAAUAGCAUCUCACAUCGACUACGAGACUGUCACACAUUUCAAACUGGUGAUAAUGACGCAAGACAGUGGGUAUCCACAAUUGACCCUCAACAAAACAUUUAUCCUACAUGUCCUCGGUGUCAAUGAACCACCAAGUGAUUUAAGGUUGGGUAACUCUCAGGUA